GCACCAAUCCAGUUCCCACAUCUUCUUGAUAGACUAUGAUAAUACAUAUCAGGGUACUGUGAAGGAGCUUGGAACCAUCGGCUCAGGGGCUUUCGCAAUAUCCAUAGGAAAACGCAUGAUGAUUGCGGUUCUAAGCUAUACUGAUUACGCAUCUUCAAAGGGAGAAAGAAUUAAAAGAAGAAUGAACCAACCUGCAUCUCUACCAUAUGAACCAACCCGACGACCCUCACGACACACCUCAGUCACAUGUUCUCACGACUGCCAGGCGUUCACCUGGGCACCCGUGCACGCGUCCAGCGCGUGCCUUCCCUCUCCGGCAGCACACUUGCGUCAGUUACCCGCUUCUCCCCUCGGAAACUCGCCUUCACCCCCAACUCGACGCUCGUUUUCACCUUCACCCUCAUCUUCACCGGGUGCGUUUGCUGCCAAGAUGCCGCCUGCAUUAAGUGACUACGACUCAGAUGGGGAGCUGCUGUCUUUCUCACUCACCACCUCCACCGCCCCCACUUGCACGUCUAGUCUUGGAGUUGACAAUAAGAUCCCGCCGCGUUCACGCACCUUGAUCGAGUCGGCGGGCGAGGAAAGCGGUGACGGCGACGGCCACAAGGAGGAGCAGUGUGAGAAUAACGUUCCGUUGCAGAAUCUUGAAAGCAGAGGGUUGGGAGCGUCUACAGUAGGUUCUAUCCCCUUCGGCCCUGCCGAAACUGCCAUCUCUUCCUUGCCUUGCCUUUGCCUUGAUUGCGUUCGUUGUGGUGUGGCAUGAGCUGAGAGCGCUUUUGUGCUUGGAGCGUCCGGUUUCGCGUUCUUGUUCGAGCGAGACGUUUUCGAUUGAGCGUUCUGGGAUUGGGGACUACGAGGAGGACAAGCGGGACAUAGUCGAGUCAGACGACGACGUUGUGGUAAGUCUCUGCCAUCCCACUGCCUUUUCUCUUUCCUUGUGUCGUGUCAUGAGCUGAGAGCGCUUUCGUGCUUGAAGCAUCCGGUUACUGUUUCGAGCGAGAAGUCUGCUGUUGGGCCUUCCGGGGUUGGGAAAGAAAAGGAGGACCAGGAGUUUUUAGUUGAGUCGGACGACGUUCUGGUAAGUGCUAUCUCCCCGCUGCCGCACGCCUGCCAUACCCCUUG